AUUCAUUAGUAAUUCCGAUUUAUUAUAAAAUUAUGAUUUUAUUAUUGCUUUUAUUAAUAGUACCUAUAACAAACACUGGCUUGAAAACCUGAAAUACGAUGAAAAUAAAUUCUAAUCAACCAUAAACAGUCAUGUAUAGUAACCAAGUCGUUUUAUUAAAAAAAAAUACAAGUUGACUACGGAAAUCAAUAAAUAUAGUCAGUCGUUGUUAACUUUUAUCGGUGCAGUUAUUAUUUAUGUUAGGCUGAAUAUAAAUUAGGGAUAACAGCAUCAUUCCUAAUUUGAAAUAAUAAAAUCAUAAAAAUGAGCAAUAGUUCAUUUAGCCAGAGUUCAAAAGGGAAUCAGAAACAAUACCUCUGUGCCGUGUGUGAUAAACCAUUCACCACAAGAAAUAUUCUAACAGUCCACCGGAGGACGCACACUGGAAAGAAACCGUUCCCGUGUGAUGUGUGUGAAAAGUCGUUCAGUCAAAAGAGUAAUUUGAUGAUACACCGGCGGACACACACAGGAGAGAAACCGUUCCCGUGCGAUGUGUGUGACAAGUGGUUCAACACUAACUCUGAGCUGAUGGUACACCGGAGAACACACACGGGAGAGAAACCAUUUCCGUGCGAUGUUUGUGAAAAGUCGUUCAGUCAAAAGAGUAAUUUGAUGGUACACCGGCGGACACACACAGGAGAAAAACCGUUCCCGUGCGAUGUGUGUGACAAGUGGUUCAACACUAACUCUGAGCUGACGGUACACCGGAGAACACACACGGGAGAGAAACCAUUUCCGUGCGAUGUUUGUGACAAGUGGUUCAAAACUAGCAAUAAUUUGACGGUACACCGGCGGACACACACAGGAGAAAAACCGUUCCCGUGCGAUGUGUGUGACAAGUGGUUCAACACUAACUCUGAGCUGACGGUACACCGGAGAACACACACGGGAGAGAAACCAUUUCCGUGCGAUGUUUGUGACAAGUGGUUCAAAACUAGCAAUAAUUUGAAGGUACACCGGCGGAGACACACAGGAGAGAAACCGUUCCCGUGUGAUGUGUGCGACAAGAGGUUCAGUCAAAAGAGUAAUUUUAUGGUACACCGGCGGACACACACAGGAGAAAACACAGGCAUACUGCAAAAUCUAAGAUCUUAUAUUGAUCAAUAG